AUGGAGUACAUUGGGGACAAUAGUGAAUGGAAGCUCAAUACAGUCCGGCAACCACAAAUCACCGGUCCCCCACUAUUUUCCCGAGUCCCGCCAAACACUCCGAUGCUAUUCCCGCGUUCUCAAGGUCACCUUUCUCUCUUGACCUUCAAUCACUCGUGCAGAGCUCUCACUCUCCUCACUACUCACCAUAAUUGCGGUCAGUCGGAUAUCUACUUCACCUGGAUCGGAUUGGAAUCGGAUUUACUAACAGUCGAAUCCUUCAGACACCAGUCGCCUCUACUCACAAUGGAUAUCGACCCUGCUCGUCGCAACAAGAAGCCUCGUCUCCUGAUGGAGAAUGAGCGCGAAAAGCUUGACGAGUUUGUGGAUUCCAUUCACUACUCGGCACGAUACAACGACGACAAAUUCGAAUAUCGCCACGUGCAGCUCCCUAAGAAUAUGCUGAAGAAGAUCCCCACAGAAUACUUCGACAGCGCCAAGGGUACUCUGAAACUGCUCUGGGAGGAGGAAUGGCGCGCGCUUGGCAUUACACAGAGUUUAGGAUGGGAGCAUUACGAGGUGCAUGAGCCCGAGCCUCACAUUCUACUGUUCAAGCGCCCUCUGAAUUACCAGCCCCCACUGCAGCAGUAA